AUGGCAAAACUCGGCAUCAUAGCAUCCGUGGUCCAAAUCGCUGACGUUGGCUUACGUCUAAGCAUCAAGCUCUACACCUUCGGUGAAAUUGUUUCGAACGCAGAUAGAUCCGUUAUCUCCAUAUCCAAAGACGUAUCCCUCACCUCUUCCGUUCUCAAAGAGCUGGGAUCGUUGCUUGAUAAAGAUGAAUCGAGUCGGAUGGUCUCGGAGAAUGCAGUGCAGACCGCUGGUAAGGUCGUGAAAGAGUGUUUGGAGGUUUUCGAAGAGAUAGAUACUAUAUUGCCUUCUUCAGUGAUCAAAGAUCAGAGAUCCCUAAUCGAAGAUUUGGCGAGGUCCAAUCAGGACUACAUACGCAACUUCGAGAGCUUGAAGCUGGGGAUCGAAGACAAUCAAAGCACAAAAGAGUCAUAUUCACAAAAGGGUGGGACUAGCAGAGAGAUGGGUUGGCACCUACAGGAGCAGCCACAGGUAAACUCUCAGCGUGGUGCACCUAGAAAGAGAAGUGACCCACAAGAAGCCCAUGCACCACACAUGAACACAGGCGAUAUGUUCCUUAGUAUCAGUGUUCAGAACAUGCCUGUGAAGCAGGAACCGAAUGACACCAAACCGCAGCGGGAGAUGCAAGACAAUGAGCCGGCAGAAGAUGAACUCUUCUCCCAUCUCAAGCACUACAUUAGCCUCGUCAAUAACCUACUCAACGAGGUCGACGAACUCAAGUACGACAUUCGAGUUGAUAGCCGCGAUCGAGUCAAGGUCGAGAUCUUGCGGACGUAUAAGCACGAAAUGAAAAUUCUAGAUACUCCCGACCAACGUUUAUGGGGCUCAAUGGCGGCGAAACCUAUCGCGCCUCUUGUAAGCGGUCUCCAGAAACACUUGCACCAAGCUCAGCAGCGGCAGAAUCAACAGAGGGUCAAGCAAUAUCAACGUCAAGAUACCGUAGGGCAGUGCAUGAUGGCGCCUCCGAUUGUUAAUCCAAAACCUUUUGUGCAAAGUGCGGAUUUUUAUCCACAGCAACAUUCGUACAUGAAUAGCAGCGAACAACCAUCAGCAGCACCGACAAUGUCGCACUCAGCCUUAGCAUUUGGCUCCCAAUCGCGACGAGACGUGCCUCAGACCUAUGCUGAGCCAAGCUGGAUAGCGCAGGGUUCUCUGGACUUACCAGACUCCAAGAGAAGACAGCCCAAACCCGAAAUGUUUGGCGAAACAUCACUAUCAGCUCAAGGUGCGGGCACAUCGGUGGACGAAUGGCACGCAUCGUAUUAUACGCAACUGGCACAAAUGCAAGCACAAGACCGGCAAAAGGAAGCUUUUGAUAGUUUCCUGCUAUCUCAAGCAGCCGCAGCAACUACUGCGGUCGCGUCAGCUCAACCGAGCUAUGACUGUUCGAUGCCACAAGCAGCAAUGCCUAUUGAAGCUACUUCACCUCUCCCAUGGACUUCUCCUAAGACAUUGGACUCACGAUCCCAAGCUGAUGGCUAUACUAAAUUGGACUACACUUCCAGCAGACUCGCUUCAUUAGACGAUAAACCCCUAGAAGACACUUUUCCUGGUGCGGUAGAAUCAGUCAGCGCAAAAAAGUCAUCCACUUCAUUUAGAAGAUUUGCGAGGAAGCGUAUCAGAAGUAGCAGUGACCUGGGAGGCCUCAUUCUUCAUAACCUUACUCUUCCCAGUGCCACAAAGUUAGCAACAACGCCUGAUCGUUCGACCCACAAUACAGAGACUAGGUCGGCGACGGCAGAGUCAGCCAGGCUCGGUCAACUGAGAGGCACGAAAAGGAGGAAAGAUGGAAGUCCGAUUCGUCUCAAGGAACGAAUCAUGACGACAUUUGAUUAUGGGACACAAUGUGUAAACGGAGUCAAUCAUGAUCCAGAUCCAGAUACUCCUGAUGGCAGACGAAGUGUUGUAGACGAUCUCAUCGAAAUGUGGACAUUGUUGCCCGUCAAGAAGGCUACUGUGUGA